AUGAAACCCGCAUUGACUGCUGGUCUUGUGGUCUCCGUCUUGGUCUUGCAGCAGGCUACCGCUGUGAGUUGGGGUGAUGCUCCCAGCUUUGCCAACCCUUCCAACACCAACAACAACUGUUCUGCCGAUCAGCAAAGCGGAUUUGACUGGUCUGGUUUGCCAACCGGUGGUUUCAACAGCUACGGUGGUUUUGGCUUCAAUGGCUUCUCUUGCAAAGACUCUUUCCAACCCAGUCAAAAGAGAUCUCUUCAAACUCGAUCAGAUUUUCAGUCCAAAUGUAUUCAAGGCAAAGUAGGUCAAUCAGCCAAUAGGGGGCCGAAUUUCUCCUGUGCGCAAGACGAGAAAUUCUCCAUCACUCAUAUGCAAGUGUCUGUUUCAUUUGACACAGACUUGGACUUCAUCUUCUCCAUGCCUGAUGGCUCGACUUGCAAACACACAGCAGCCUGCCAACCAGGUGGCACCACUGUGGAAAACACCCAAUGCGGUGGAGCAAGAUCGGUAUCUUUCCAAUUGCCUCCAAGCAGCAGCGAUAAGAGUGACUGUGACAUCGGCAUUCAUUCCAUUGCUUUCGAUUGUCACUCUUCGUCUUCGUCAGCAACAACAACAUCGCCAGCCUCAAUCACCACUACCCUUGUCACAACAACGACAACCUCUGCAGUGACAACGACAUCCAAUGUGGAAACUACGAUCACAACAACCCCCAAGAUUGAGACCACCACGACCACUCCCGAGGUCGUUCCUGUUACAAGCAGCACAGUUACCACUGCCACUACCACAAAACCGGAGGAAAUCUCAAGCACAUCCGCCACCACCCCCACGUCCGCUGAGGAGACGCCGAGCACGAGCACAAUAUCAAAGCCGGGUGAAGAGACCCCUAGCACCGCCAUCACAACCACUCCUGUUAUCACAACGACACCAGCCAUUACCACCACAAUACCCACUGAAACCAUUCCAGGAACAACCGAGACCCAGACAGAGACCACCGACGUACUCACCACUGAAAUAAUUGUGUCGACUCUCACCACAUGUCCUGUAACGUUCACUCGUACGACCGGCACAGAAACCGUGACCGAGACAACAAGCACGAUCUCCACCGUCAUCAUGACAUCGACAUCCACCGUCUGCACUCGAUGCAAUCGUCCUCCCCCUUCGACCUUUUCUUCAGCCACACCUUCCCCAUCCACCGAGACCACCACUUCUCCACCAGAAACUCAAACUCAGCCACCCUCGACCUCUACCACUGUCAGCCCAUCACCGCCUGAAUCCUCUGCGCCCUGCCCCUCCGUUCUCCCUCGCUGCCUGAACACCUGGCUCAGCCUCGUGCCCACGUGCUCCUCCAACAGCGACGUCAACUGCUUCUGCCCCAGUGCCGACAUCAUCUCCAACGUGCAAGCUUGUGUGUCCGCCUGGGCCGGAUCCGACGACGAAAUCACCGCUGCUCUAUCCUAUCUCGCUGGCAUUUGUGCGGACUUCGUGCCUCAGAAUCCCGGUAUCUGCACAGGCGUGCCGCAUACCAUCACGUUGAUCCCGACGCCCGCUGCGUCUGGAACUGGAACUGCAACGGCUACCGCGACUUUGGUCGAGACUCAAAUUCAGACCCAGACUGUCACGAAUGGAAACGGUCGUGGUCCUCGUCCGCCUACCUCAAAUGCAGGACCAACAUCUGCGCCUGUCGCUGUCCCUGUCACGACAGUCACGUUCAUGCAGACGGCCUCUGGAACUGUGAUUACUUCGGCUGUCACAGUCCCGCAGGUCGCAUUCGUCACAGCGCAGGCUACAGGUCCUGCCACGACCGGUGGAGUCGGGUUAUUUCCGAUGCCUGCAGCCACAACGGGAUUCUCUGGCUCUGGCUCGGAUGCAAGUGGAAGUGGCUGUGGGGGGUUCGCGUGCUCCGGUGCUGGUGCAGGCGCUGGUGUUGUGACAACCGCAGUUGCUUCCACUACUGCCGGAUUCAUUGCUACCGCUUCAAGCACAGGCAUCACAGCAGAUAUUUUCACCGGCGCCGCAUCGUCACCGAGCCAUGUCAAUGCUUUUCCCCUGCUCGCCGGCGCAUUUGGCGUCGUUGCUUUCCUCGUUUAA